UGUGUCAAUGAAUUUGUGCUGUGCUGAUACCUCUUCUAUAAAAUCAGAAAUUUUCAUCAUUUGAUGCUGUUUGAAUUCUGAUAAACAGAAAUCUUGGAACAAGUAAAGAUAAUCAAGCUAUGGGUAAAAAAGUCGAAAACAACCUUAACAAAUAUUCGAUCCUCUUGCCUACUUAUAAUGAAAUAGAAAACUUACCUAUUAUUAUUUGGCUUAUAACAAAACAUAUGGACCAGAGUGGUUAUGAUUAUGAAAUUGUAAUAAUUGAUGAUGGAAGUCCUGAUGGUACUUUAGAAGCUGGGAAGGAACUUCAAAAAAUAUAUGGAGAAUCAAAGAUACUUUUAAGACCUAGAGAGAAAAAAUUAGGUUUAGGAACAGCUUAUAUACAUGGUAUUAAACACGCAACAGGGAAUUUCAUAGUUAUAAUGGAUGCAGAUCUAAGCCAUCAUCCUAAAUUUAUACCAAAAUUUAUUGAAAUGCAAGAGUUAGGAAACUUUGACAUUGUAAGUGGAACACGCUACAUGGGCAAUGGUGGUGUAUAUGGUUGGGAUUUUAAAAGAAAGUUAGUAUCUCGAGGUGCAAAUUUUUUGACACAGGUACUCUUAAGACCAGGGGUUUCUGAUCUGACAGGCUCUUUUCGACUGUACAAAAAAGACGUUCUUCAAAAACUUAUAGACAGUUGUAUUUCAAAAGGGUAUGUGUUUCAAAUGGAGAUGAUAGUCAGAGCAAGGCAGUUUAACUUUACAAUUGGCGAGGUUCCUAUAUCAUUUGUUGAUAGAGUGUAUGGCGAGUCAAAAUUAGGUGGUUCAGAAAUUUUACAAUUUGUAAGGGGUUUAUUGUAUUUAUUUGCUACAACAUAGUAUUUUAAUACAAAUGCGAUUUCUCUGGCACAAUGACAAAUUAUGACAAGCUUAUGGUUGAUUUUUAAAUAUUUAGGGUUUAUGUGCAUAUUAUUCCUUAGGAAGGUAAUCCUUCGACGAUAUGAAUUAUUGUUAUUAUUAUAAAAAGCUGUAAACAUCGUUUGAAUUAACAAAUAUCUUUGUAAACCGUUUGCAAUUUUGUUUGUUUUUUUAUAACCAUGUAAUAUUUGUAAAGUAAUUAUUAUUUU